GAAUCCAACUGUGAGUGGCGCUAAGGAGACUAUUUGUCUCGUUAUUUAACAGAACACGUUAUUUGAUUCUUUCACUGGCAGAACUGUAAUGGCGGUCUGACCAAUCUUGAAUGUAAAUUCUGAAACUGGAAAGAGAAUGUGCCCUGUUUAGCGUCAAAUAUGGCGGAAAAACAGCGGGCGCUCCCUUCGUGGAUGGCAAAGAAAGAGGUUAAAGUGAAAGAAAAGACGCCACUGAAGAGUCUGAGAAAAACAAGAGCUCCAAGAGCUACGUUUUACUGUAUGAACGAGGCGGAGCUGGUAGAAGCUGCUGUUUCAUUUCUCACCCAGAGUUCCUACGAGGAUGCGUCGUUCCCGCUUCGCCAGAAGGUUGAAGGAAAAGCAAAUCCCACCUCCAGAAAGGAUGUAGACCCAGCCACUUCGGAGAUAAAAUCAAAGCCAGUGACGUCGCCUUUAGAGGAAGAGUCCUCAGACUGCUGUGAUGACCUGGAAAUGACAUACGUUUCAGAAACAGACUUGGACAUUACAGAGGUGGAAACUGUGCCUUACUGCAGGAACACACAACAUCCUGAACCCGAAGGAGAGAGAUCAGCAUCUGCCCAAGGUCACUGUGAACCCAACAACAAUUUGCAAGCUGACAAAGAAAGUGAGCAACUGUCGACGGCAGCAGAGGAAGACGAUGCUUUGCAGCUUGUACGAGAAAUAUUUUUCACCUGACUGAAUAUGUUUUUAAAAGCGUUUUUAAGGAAAUUUUAAGUAUUUUAUGCCGCAGCUAAAUUACUUAAUUGAAGAGAUGACACCAAAUGUAGUUAUUAAUAUUAGUUUUGGGAAUAAACGUCCAAUAAUUGACAUGGACGUCACUGCGGUGGACAAAUCUAAAGUGAACUGUAAUGUCAUUGAAUUUGUAGGAUGUAAAGCUGUAAUCUGAUCACUAAGAAUGAAUUUUCUUACGUGAACUGUAAUUGUUUACGUACAUCCUGAUCAGCCAGGUGAAAGUCUAAAACACGUCAUAUAUGACUGUUUAAGUCAAAUAUAAACCAUUAGAAAUGCACAUUUCUAAUUAUUUGCUUUUCUAACCAUUAGCAAUGCUAAUAAACCAAUUUUUUAC